CCGAUGGAACAAUGAUGUUUUCUGCUUACUUCCCCGCGGCCGGGCUCACAGGCAGGGGGGAACCACAUGCGCCUUAGGCGCAAUUGCAAAGUUGUGGAUUUACGGCGCCAUAGUUGUGACUUUGUAAGCCAUUGGCAGUUGAGUCAUCGUGGAUGAGACUAUAAAAGACCAUACAACUUCCCCAGACAGUCUGUCCUUAGAGAUUUUCUCCUUUUACAGUCAAAAUCCUCUUCACUAGACAAGAAGAAUUCAGGAACAAUAACAGCCACACAUGCCCCUCACAUUCCAAUCAAGAAGAUCAACAGUUUAUUCAACCAAGGGUAUCGUAUCCUCGACACAGCCAUUGGCCAAUGCCGCUGGUGUUCGAAUUCUCGAGAAGGGCGGGAAUGCCAUCGAUGCCGCUGUUGCUGUUUCCGCUGCACUGUGUAUCACUGAGACCGCUUCAACAGAUCUUGGGGGUGACGCCUUUAUCCUCUUCUAUGACAACAAGAGCAAAAAGGUCCACGGUCUCAACGGGUGUGGUAGAUCUGCGUCAGAGAUAAGUCUCGAUUUGAUCAACUCCAAGUACCCGGAUCAUGUUGAAAACAACCGACUGAAAGUAAGCUCUCCGUUAACUGUAAACGUCCCUGGUGCGGUAGCCGCCUGGGAGAAUGCAAUUUCAACAUGGGGGUCUGGGAAGGUUACGUUUGCUGAGGUUUUACAGCCAGCAAUAGAGCUCGCUGAGAAUGGAUAUCCAAUCUCUGAAAUAAGUGCCUCUCUUUAUAAAGAGAGCGAGGAAACUUUAAAGAAAGUGAACGCAGUGAAGGGGAAUGACUUCCUCAAUGAGCAACUAUCGACGUUUUUGCCGAAUGAAGGGUUAAAAGCUCCCAAAACUGGUCAAUUAAUGAAGAACAAGAGAUGGGCUGAAACAUUGAAGCUUAUUGCUGAGAAUGGAAGUGAAGCUUUUUACGAAGGUCCAAUUGCUGAAUCAAUUGUGAAGGAAGUUCAAAGCCGCGGUGGGUUGUUGAAAUUAGAGGACCUAGCAGCUCAUUCUUCGACCCAAGUAUUCCCCUUGUACUUUGAAUUCUUGGGUAAGAAGUUGUGGGAAAUCCCACCAAAUGGUUCUGGAAUCAUUGCACAGCUCACACUGGGUCUGAUAAAGGCAUUGGAUUCCAAAGGUGAUGUUAAACUGUCUGAGCUUAACCAUAACUCCGUUGAAUACCUCCAUUUGAUAAUUGAGUCCCUGAAGCUAGCUUUUAAGGAUAGUGAAGAGUAUGUCCAUGAUCAAUUUCAUGUUUCGAAGAACUUUAAGCUUGCAAAUUCUCCAAUAUCACUACAGGAGCAACUACUGACCUCUCCUUACUUUGCAGAGCGUUCAAAAUUCUUCAACAAGGAUAAAGUGCUUGACAAUACCACUUUGAAAGUUGGUACUCUACCAAACGAGUCGUUCAAAUCCGACACAGUCUACUUCUCCGUCACAGACAGCGAUGGAAAUGCAGCAAGCUUCAUUAACUCUGUGUUCCACAACUUUGGUUCCGGUAUUCUAGUUGAAGAUCGUGGAUUCUUCCUUCAGAAUCGUGGAGCCAACUUUAGCUUAAAGCCAGAUUCAAAGAACGUUAUUGCUGGGUCUAAACGCCCAUACCACACAAUUAUUCCUGCUAUGAUUACCACCCCAUUGGCAGAUGGAACAGAUGACUUGUAUGCAAGUUAUGGUAUCCAAGGGGGAUUCAACCAACCACAGGCCCAUGUUCAGGUGUAUCUUAACCUACUGCUGUUUGGCAUGACUCCCCAGGAGGCACUUGAUGCUCCAAGAAUUUCAUUGGCACCUCACCCUAAAUACUCCUCAACAGAUACAGGACUUGGAGCACAAGGGCCUGUGAGCACCAGUGUGACAUUGGUCAAUGUGGAAUCUGGUAUUGAUGCAGAUGUCAUUGAUGGGCUUAGAAAACUGGGACACGACAUUAGAGUGGUUGAGGGCGAUGCAAGAAAGGUCUUUGGCCGUGGGCAGAUCAUUAGAAAAGAACCAGGAGAACAACUUGUCUAUGCUGCAGGCUCUGAUCCUCGUGGUGAUGGUGCCUCAGUGCCAUUGCUCUGAUCAUGUUUCUGUUUUUUGUAUGAGAUUUCAAUGAAGGCACUGGCGAAGUUAGUCAUCGUAGCGUACAAUAAACAACUACAUAAGCGAUUAAUUUCUUCCCAGAACAGCAAUUGUAUAACCUUACAUGUUGAUAUGGGGACAUGG